AUGGAGGUGUUUCUGAAUAAAGUGCCGCAGGGUUUGUCAGAUGAUCAACUUCGUGCUGAGCUUGAGCCACAUAUGAAAAAAUUAAGUGUCCUCGACUGGCACUGCGACAAACCUCUCAACAAACCUCAUGCCUGGAUCACCUUUCUCAAUGAAAACGAUGGAGGGAAAUUUCUCCAAAGUCAUGGGGUUGGCACUCGCAUCUCACCACAGGCCGCAGGUCGCCAAAAUUACAACAGCCAUUUCAGAUCUCAGCACAACGAAAUCGCAAGAUUAAUCCUUUUCAAGACACAAAUCUUUGUCAAGAAGAGCAAUAAACGAGCUGACGAGACUAUUCUCAUGCACCUCAAAUACCAAAAGGAUGAACGAAAGGCAGAACAGCAGAAGCCAGAGAAACGGAAGCCAGCCGCCGUUGAUCGCAACCCAAAGGCACCCGCUAUCAGCUCAGAAAUUCGCCAUAUCGGAUGCGGAAAAAAUAUUUUUACACAAGAAUCUGAUGUCUUGACAUUUGUCGAACAGAGUGGCCUCCUCGUUCAGGGUGUGGCCAAGUUUGGACGCCGCUCGUUGAGGCUUACGCUCUCAGGAGAUUGCGAUUACCGCGUUGAUAUUUCUUACGAUAUUAUCCAAGAUCUCGUCACCGAGGCAUCUGAUGCGUCAAUGACUCUCGUCUUGACAGAGGUGCCAAGAUUUUAUGCUCAGCAGAUGUCAUCGAAAUAUGUCAAAUGGGAGCGACAACCAUUUUUGGGCCUGUGGCCUGCGCAUCAGAAAUAUGUGGCUCACUGUUUGGUUUACCGCAUAACACUCGCGGCGAAUUAUGCGGAAACUCUCCAGGACUUGAGAUCUCGAAAAAUCAUUGUCGUUACAAGACAGCAUCUGCCUGUGCAAAGGAACCCUCUACCCUAUGAGGAAGACUAUUCCACCUGCAUGAGUAGAUUCGAAGGUUCCAUCCAAAACGCCAGCAAUUCAAGACUACGACUACUACCAUUUGCGAUACUAUUUCAGCUUCAGGCUUUGGUGUGGAACAACUACUUGCAUCCAGCAACGGCGCUUAAAAUGCUGGAAAUCAUGGACCGGAUUGCCAAGGACUGCAAGAGGGCCGGAGAACAGCUGCCAUUCACCACUGACUCGAUGAAGCAAUUGUUCCAAAAUAUUCCAUACCCGUGCCCUGGGAUAGAUCCACAGCAUCUCCUUGCAAGAAAACUGGUUGAAGAUGUGAUAGAGGUAGAGCAAAUGCAUCGGGCAGAGGAUCCGAUGCGCACCUCGCCCUAUGGCCCACGACUCUCGGAACAACAGGCUUGGGUGUUGAAGAUCAUGGUUACACCAACCCGCAUUAUGCUACACGGACCUGAUGGCGAGAACAAGAACAGAGUCUUGAGGAUGUUCCCGCAGCAUUCAGACUACUUUGUCCGAGUCAUAUUUGGUGACGAAGACGGUCAGGAUCUGGCGUUGCUGCCCAGUGUGAAUAAUUCGGCAAUUUUUGAACGAUACCGAAAGAUCAUGAAGGAUGGUAUUCAUGUUGCUGGCCGAAAGUUUGAGUUUUUGGGGUUUUCUCACUCCUCUCUUCGCUCUCACUCGGCGUGGUUUUGUGCACCCUUUGUCGACAAGAUGGAGCUUCAGAACAACAACAGCAUCAUCAAGUCGCUGGGCGAUUUUAGCGACAUUCGUGUCCCCGCGAAAUGUGCCGCGCGUAUCGGGCAAGCCUUUUCCGAAACGCCUGAUGCCGUGGAUAUUCUCCAGUGCGGCAUUGAGAUCAAGUACAUCCCUGACGUGAAAACGGCUGACGGAAACCGGGUAUUCAGCGACGGGGUUGGUACCAUCUCGUCGGAUGCUAUGGAGGAGAUUUGGGACCACCUCACGGCGACAAAUUCGACGCCUACCUGCUUUCAAGUCCGCCUUGGAGGGAUCAAGGGAAUGCUCUCACUCGACUCCAGGCUCAAGGGCAAAGUAAUUUGCAUACGGAAAGAAUCCAUGAUGAAGUUUCCAAGCUCAGACCAAACGAGUUUGGGCAUUUGUGAUACGGCUUCAAAGCCGCUGCGCCUUGUUUUGAAUCGCCAAACAAUCAAGAUUCUGGAAGAUAUGGGGACCAACGCCGAGUGGUUCAUAGAUCAGCAGAACAAAGCCCUCGACAUACUUCGAAAUGUCACCGCCUCAGCACCAAACACCAGCGCCUUUUUGGAGCAUCAACUUGUGGGCACACAUGUGGGAUUUCCCAAGCUCAUCAAGUACUUGAACAAGGUUGGGAUCGACUACCGGCGAGACAAGUUCAUGAAGAAUGUUGUAGAUCAUACCAUUCUUCGAGAGUUGCGUCUGCUGAAGCACAAAGCGCGGAUUCCGGUGGACCAAGGAGUGACUCUGUUUGGCAUCAUGGACGAAACGGGAUAUCUUGACGAGGGCCAAAUAUACGUCACUUUUGAUUCAAGUUAUGACAAGGCCCAGGGUCGAAAGAAGCGGACAGUCAAGGACGGGUUUGUGCUUGUCACACGCUCACCUGCCCUCCAUCCCGGAGAUAUUCAGCUUGCUCAACUGACGACGCCGCCACCUGGGCAUCCACUUCGUGAUUUGAGAAAUUGCGUCGUCUUUAGUCAGAAGGGGGAUCGCGAUUUGCCAAGCCAGCUGAGCGGGGGAGACCUCGAUGGAGAUUUGUACAGCAUCUUCUGGGAUCCCUUUGUCAUCCCAAAGAGUUACUUUACCCCGGCCGAUUAUCCAAGAGUCACACCACCGGCACUUGACCGAGUGGUGACGCGUGACGACAUUGCAGACUUUUUUGUCAAGUUUAUGGAGAGUGAUAUCCUGGGCAUGAUUGCCAACCGACACCAGAUUUUUGCAGACUUCAAAGAAGAGGGAACAGUUGAUCAAGAGUGUACCAAGCUCGCGGAGCUGCACUCAACCGCAGUCGACUACUCCAAGACGGGCAUUGCAGUGACAAUCCAAGAACUGCCCAAGGCACCACGUGGACGCCCAGAUUUCCUUGCGCCUGCUCCUCCUACCCGUUUAUACGAUCGAGGCGAGAUUGACCACAUCGGAGAUCCCGAAUCGGAUGGAGAUGGUGAGGAUGGGAUGGGUAUUAAUAAGCAAAUAUACUACAAGUCUCAGAAGAUAUUAGGGGAAUUGUAUCGCGGUGUGGACGAAGAGAAAAUUUGGGUUCACGAUGUCCAGCGCCCGGUGGCAGCGAGCGGUCCUUCUCCAUGGGAGCAGUUGAACACGCAUGUGCGCGCUGCUCUAAAGGAGGAAGGAUAUACCGUGUCAGACGUUGACUAUACUCAUCGGAUUGAUGACGCAUGGAAGCUUCGUGAACUGUAUCAAACGCAAGUCUCCAAUUCCAUGUGGCAGUUUUCAACCAGUCCUCGCGCUCCCAUCAGUGAAGUGGAAGCUUUUUGCGGGUCAAUUCUGAACCCUAGAGGCAGCCAAACGCGGCGGCAACGAGAUUCAUCCAUCAAGCUGAAGGAGGAGAUGGACAGAGUCAUGAAUUUCUUUGCGAAGCUUAUACGCGAUCGUACUGGGGGUGCUACGGGUAUUGCAGAUGACGCGGCGUCGGUCGCAACGGAUAAUGACGGGCAAAGCGAGAGGGAAAGAAUGAAUGCCGUGGAACUGUGCUGGGCUUGUGUGGUUGUGGGGAGCGAGAAAGAUAGCCAGACCGACGGCCAACACGAGAGCGAAAAGCCGCUUCAGAGCUUCCGAGUGGUGGCGGCGAGCUGUCUGGUGAAGGAACUGAAUGAGCUGUUGACUAGAAAGAGGCUCGGAAGGGUGGGAGGUUAUCUUGGAGUUCGCUCGGGGCCUCGGUACAUUGGCGCGUUGCCAAUGAGGUGA